AUGGACGUCGUCUUGGGUCGUCUUUGCUUCGUCAGCACUGGCAAGACGACUCAUUCGAACCCGCCCAGCUCGACGGACUCUGACGGCGAUUGGUUGGCGUUUCUAUUCGGACGCAGCAUGCGGCCAUGCAGGCUUGCAUGUUUUUGCUCUGGUGUGCGUUGGUUGGCUCCUAGGGCCGGGUCUACGAGACGACGGUCUGCCAAACAUGUCUCCAAAGCAGACAAGACCAACGACAGCCACCAGAAAGUAAAUGCCCACCCACCCACACACGAAUAUGCAGACAUGCACAUACGCAUGCCCAUAAAGUCGGGCCUAAUUACACCCGAUCAUAGUCGCCUGAGACGCCUAACGUUAGGCGCAUGA